AUGCUCGUGGUGUGCAUUGGACGGAUGAGCGACUUGGAAGGAAUCAUAUCGGAAAAGUACACUUUCUCCGGCUAUCAGUCGGAACAAGACCCAACACUAUAUGCAAUUGGUUCUCUAGCUGGCGACCAUUUUGUUCGCUAUCUUGUUGGAGGAAGUCUGGAAGUAGCCCGAUCUAUUCAAGCUUUUUACAAGGAUAGAAAUAAUAAUGAUGCUUGA